CGAUACCUUGGUUCCCCAGCUGGGCGUCCAUCAAUAGCCCCAACCAUGCAGGGAGACUGGGUGCUGCUGCUGCUUUUGGGUCUCAGGAUACAUCUGUCCUUUGGUGUCAUCCCAGUGGAGGAGGAGAACCCAGUCUUCUGGAAUCAAAAGGCGAAGGAGGCCCUGGAUGUUGCCAAAAAGCUGCAGCCCAUUCAGACAUCGGCCAAGAACCUCAUCCUCUUCCUGGGAGAUGGGAUGGGGGUACCCACAGUGACAGCCACCAGGAUACUAAAGGGACAACUGGGUGGUCAUCUAGGACCUGAGACACCCCUGGCCAUGGACCACUUCCCAUUCACGGCUCUGUCCAAGACAUACAACGUGGACAGACAGGUCCCAGACAGUGCAGGCACAGCCACCGCCUAUCUCUGUGGGGUCAAAGCCAACUACAAGACCAUCGGUGUGAGCGCGGCUGCUCGAUUCAACCAGUGCAACAGCACAUUUGGCAACGAGGUCUUCUCAGUGAUGCACCGUGCAAAGAAAGCAGGGAAGUCUGUGGGCGUGGUGACCACGACCAGAGUGCAGCAUGCCUCUCCAGCCGGCACCUACGCGCACACGGUUAACCGAGACUGGUACUCGGAUGCAGACAUGCCUUCCUCCGCCCUGCAGGAGGGCUGCAAGGACAUCGCCACACAGCUCAUUUCCAACAUGGACAUUGAUGUGAUCCUUGGUGGAGGCCGAAAGUUCAUGUUUCCCAAGGGGACACCAGACCCUGAAUACCCAGGUGACUCUGACCAGUCUGGAGUCAGGCUGGAUAGUCGGAACUUGGUGGAGGAGUGGCUGGCAAAAUACCAGGGGACCCGGUAUGUUUGGAAUCGAGAGCAGCUCAUGCAGGCCUCUCAGGACCCAGCAGUGACUCGCCUCAUGGGCCUCUUUGAGCCGGCAGAAAUGAAAUAUGAUGUCAACCGAAACGCCUCAGCAGACCCCUCCCUGGCAGAGAUGACAGAGGUGGCCGUGCGCCUGCUGAGCAGGAAUCCACAAGGCUUCUACCUCUUUGUAGAAGGAGGUCGUAUUGACCAAGGCCACCAUGCGGGCACGGCUUACCUGGCACUGACUGAGGCUGUCAUGUUCGACUCCGCCAUCGAAAAGGCCAGCCAGCUUACCAAUGAGAAGGACACGCUAACGCUCAUCACUGCGGACCACUCCCAUGUCUUUGCUUUUGGUGGCUAUACACUUAGGGGGACCUCCAUCUUUGGUCUGGCCCCACUCAAUGCCCAGGAUGGCAAAUCCUACACCUCCAUUCUCUAUGGCAACGGCCCAGGUUAUGUGCUUAAUUCAGGCAACCGGCCCAAUGUCACUGAUGCCGAGAGUGGUGAUGUCAACUACAAGCAGCAGGCAGCAGUACCCCUGUCGUCAGAGACCCACGGUGGGGAGGACGUGGCCAUAUUCGCGCGUGGCCCACAGGCGCACCUGGUGCACGGAGUGCAGGAACAGAACUACAUCGCGCACGUCAUGGCCUUCGCAGGCUGCCUGGAGCCCUACACCGACUGCGGUCUGGCGCCCCCUGCAGACGAGAACAGACCAACCACCCCGGUCCAGAACAGUGCCAUCACUAUGAACAAUGUCCUUCUGUCCCUGCAGCUGCUGGUCAGCAUGCUGCUGCUAGUCGGGACAGCCUUGGUGGUGUCCUGAUGGUCAGGUCCCCCACUAGGCUCCUCCCUCUGCUGGUUGCUCCCCACGACCCCCCAUAGAUUCCUGUGCCUUGUCAGUCCUGAGUUCAUCAUUCUCUACCCAAGGGUCUCAACGCUGGCCUUUGCACCCCAACUUGGUUGUUCUCUUAUCCAGAUGCUGAAACAUUGUCCCGGCCCACAGUUCUAAGGGCCACCUCUGGGAAUAUACUCUGAGAUUUGCUUUAUAACUCUGGGCUUCCGCUUCUCAACUGCAGUGGGAGGUACCGAACGGUAUCCAGAAAGCUACAGUUUGUGGCUGUCCCAGACUCCCCUUCAAUCCAUCACCCUUCACAGGGACCAAGUAACUCACAUUUUCAGGCCUUAGCUUGUUCCUAUGAAAGGAAAUCUCAAAAGUCCAGGAGACUGUGGGUUCUCAAGCAAGCAGCGCAGAGCAGCCUUGGGCCCCCACCCCUGGUCCAUCUCAGGCUGCAUAUAGAAACCGGACAAAGAAUAUUACCGACUCUUGUCCCCAGUCCUUGAAGAGACACAAUGACAACAAAAUUAAAUGCUUAUAUAAGGU